AUGGAGAAUAGCGAUUCUGGGGUGGACGUAGCAGUGCAGCAGGAAGUAGCUGUUGACCAUGGGUUAAUGAGCGGGGACGGCAAGCACUCAGAAGGGGUUGAAUUGUUCACUGGACCGCUGCAAGGUGAUCCUUUAUGCGGCGGGCUUUGUCCACAAACGCGGGCUUUUCCCGACGACGCGGGCGAGCCGGGACUAGGUCAGGUAUGCAGUGAAAGUGCAGCUACCCUUAGCGAAGCUACGGUUUCACAGGCGAACGAGAUGAGCGCACUGAAAGUAGCAAAUGACAGUGUGCUACUGCAGUUGUUACAGCAGAUGAAUAGAGACAAUAAGGAGAGAGAUAGGGAGAAUAAAGAGAGGGAUAGAGAAAAUAAGGAAAGAUGGGAAGCGAUGAAUAGAGACAAUAAGGAGAGAGAUAGUGAGAAUAAGGAAAGAUUUGAAGCAACUAAGGAAAGAUUGGAGGCAAUGGAUAAGGGAAAUAAAGAGGCAAUGAGGAAGCUACACACAAUUAUCGAUGAGCGUCUGUCCGCAGUUAAUAAUCGGUUAGAUGAGGGGGAGAAGAAUCUGAAUGCAGUGAAGCAAGAAUGUGAUGCCGUGAAAGAAAAAGCCAAUAAUUUGGAGGUACGAAUAAGUGCAAUAGAGAGCGUAACUAGGUCGCAGUCGAAAAGUGUAGCCAGCAUGGAGAAUAGCGAUUCUGGGGUGGACGUAGCAGUGCAGCAGGAAGUAGCUGUUGACCAUGGGUUAAUGAGCGGGGACGGCAAGCACUCAGAAGGGGUUGAAUUGUUCACUGGACCGCUGCAAGGUGAUCCUUUAUGCGGCGGGCUUUGUCCACAAACGCGGGCUUUUCCCGACGACGCGGGCGAGCCGGGACUAGGUCAGGUAUGCAGUGAAAGUGCAGCUACCCUUAGCGAAGCUACGGUUUCACAGGCGAACGAGAUGAGCGCACUGAAAGUAGCAAAUGACAGUGUGCUACUGCAGUUGUUACAGCAGAUGAAUAGAGACAAUAAGGAGAGAGAUAGGGAGAAUAAAGAGAGGGAUAGAGAAAAUAAGGAAAGAUGGGAAGCGAUGAAUAGAGACAAUAAGGAGAGAGAUAGUGAGAAUAAGGAAAGAUUUGAAGCAACUAAGGAAAGAUUGGAGGCAAUGGAUAAGGGAAAUAAAGAGGCAAUGAGGAAGCUACACACAAUUAUCGAUGAGCGUCUGUCCGCAGUUAAUAAUCGGUUAGAUGAGGGGGAGAAGAAUCUGAAUGCAGUGAAGCAAGAAUGUGAUGCCGUGAAAGAAAAAGCCAAUAAUUUGGAGGUACGAAUAAGUGCAAUAGAGAGCGUAACUAGGUCGCAGUCGAAAAGUGUAGCCAGCAUGGAGAAUAGCGAUUCUGGGGUGGACGUAGCAGUGCAGCAGGAAGUAGCUGUUGACCAUGGGUUAAUGAGCGGGGACGGCAAGCACUCAGAAGGGGUUGAAUUGUUCACUGGACCGCUGCAAGGUGAUCCUUUAUGCGGCGGGCUUUGUCCACAAACGCGGGCUUUUCCCGACGACGCGGGCGAGCCGGGACUAGGUCAGGUAUGCAGUGAAAGUGCAGCUACCCUUAGCGAAGCUACGGUUUCACAGGCGAACGAGAUGAGCGCACUGAAAGUAGCAAAUGACAGUGUGCUACUGCAGUUGUUACAGCAGAUGAAUAGAGACAAUAAGGAGAGAGAUAGGGAGAAUAAAGAGAGGGAUAGAGAAAAUAAGGAAAGAUGGGAAGCGAUGAAUAGAGACAAUAAGGAGAGAGAUAGUGAGAAUAAGGAAAGAUUUGAAGCAACUAAGGAAAGAUUGGAGGCAAUGGAUAAGGGAAAUAAAGAGGCAAUGAGGAAGCUACACACAAUUAUCGAUGAGCGUCUGUCCGCAGUUAAUAAUCGGUUAGAUGAGGGGGAGAAGAAUCUGAAUGCAGUGAAGCAAGAAUGUGAUGCCGUGAAAGAAAAAGCCAAUAAUUUGGAGGUACGAAUAAGUGCAAUAGAGAGCGGUAUUACAGAACGUAGGGACGUGUUGCCGGAUGAGCGGAUCAAAGAGAUAGUGGAGGACUUACUUGUAGAUAAACAAGGGGCAUUAGACAGCGUGGAAGCUCAAGUCACCCGGCAGGAAGUGGCGCUAAAUAAACACAGGGAUGAAGUUGCGGAGCUUCCGCCCUGCCGGCAACCGACCUGUCCGGCAGUUAAGUGGAUCCGGCGGUCCAGCGCUUCCCGUCCGGGUGUGGGCUCCAGGGCGCGCGUCCCGGACCAGCCGCAUCCCGCGCUGGAGCCUCUGGAACUGGAACCGGUCGCGUUCCCAGGCCCCCGCGGGAUGCUGGCGCGGGUCACCGCCGGGUCGCACUCUUUAAAGCGAGGCCCAGCAUCCAGCGCAGACAACGCUCUUUCCCAGGACGCAUCUCCUGACCCCUGGUCGAGGAACUAG